AUGUCUGUCAAUAAUGAAUCACGACGUCAUGCACUUUGCACUGAUCAAAUAAAUCAGCUCAAGAGUGAUAAAUUACAUUUUGCCCUUCGUCAUAUCAAUUACGCUCCAAGAGAUCCGAUACUUGCUAUUGACGUGUAUGCAAACGAUUCACCAUCACACAAUGUCAUUAAUUCCAAGCACAAACAAAUUGAUGAGCUUCAUAAGAGAAAUAAAACUUCCUUGUUUGCUGGAAUAAAUUGUGGAAAAUUUCAUGUGAAGAAAUUAAAAAUUGUUCAAUCAUUGCAACAUCAAAGCUAUCUUAAAUGGCUAAUGUUGUCGUCGACAUAUAACCGAAUUCAUGGCUUACUAAUUUAUCGGCCGAGCACAUCGCCCACUAACAACAUUGAUUAUUAG